AUGUUUCUCGCAAAUGAACGAUUAUUUACGGUUAGUUUAAGUAAACCUGUGGAAUCGGGUAUGUAUCGCGGCUGAUCAAUGGAUCAUGGGACGGUUGGAUUAUUAUUCCGGUCUUGUCGGUAAAAAUGUGAAGCGUUUUUAACUUCUGUAUCCACGCACGACAUCAUUGUGUAUGUUUCAGGUGCGGGGGCGACCACGCGAGAAAUUGUAUACCCGUGCAGAGUAUGCGGGAAAAUCUACUCCAGAAAAUCUUCCAUGUAUACGCAUGUCCGCCUUUGCGUUCGCUCGCAGAAGAAACUGUGGCCUUGCUCUCAAUGUGGCAAACGUUAUAAAUGGCGUGCUUCCUUGAAGACUCAUAUCCGAGUGGAAUGUGGCAAAGAACCUACUUUCACGUGUCCAAUUUGUGGCAAGAAAUUCAAGCAUAAACAUAGAUGGCAGUCACACGCGAAAUCCAUACACCUCGUCUCGAAGAAAGUAUGGUGGUGCUCUCAAUGCGGCAAGCGAUACAUGUGGAGGGACUCGUUGAAGAAGCACCUGCGAGUCGAGUGUGGCAAGGAUCCUACAUUUGAAUGUCCCAUUUGUGGCCGAAAAUUCAAGCAUAAACAUCGUUGGCAGUCACACGCUAAACUGAUUCAUUAUGUUACCAUGUGAUUUACGAAACGAAUUAUCUAUGAAUCUAGCUAAUUAAUUGACAAUUAAUACAAAUCAAGUGAAUCGAACAAGUGAUACAUGCUUUAAGAGACUGUGAUCGAGUAUUGUUAAAAGAUUGAUUCAUCAUUGUCUUUUCAAUUUUGCCUCGAGAAAUAAAUGUCAAACGUUACAAAUGAAAUUUCACGAGUAUUUGUAUGACGCGUUACUUCUCGUUAAAUUCGUGAAAUAAUGGAAGGGAAGCAAAGAUCUGGAAACGAAAUGCUUGCGCGUUGUAUUUUUUUUCUCCUCUUGGGAGAAAAGUUUGCAAAAAUUUCGAAUACACGCUGUCUUCGUACAAACUAUAUUGACUUAUGCCAAACAAAGUUCUCGUAAGUAAAUAGGGAUUGUAUCCUUUUCUUCGUCACACUUGAAAAUGAGAAGUUAUGUAAUUUUCAUCGUUCCUAUAUUGCACCCUAUCUCUGGCAUUCGCUCCUCCUGUUUUCAUUACAUUUUACGAUUUUAGAAUUCACAUAUGAAACAGUGAAUCU